GUUUGUAAAAGUCUUUUUUAAAAGAGUUUUUCUUUCCAAACAAAAUUCAAUGUACACUCAAAAGUUACAAUGCAAUGAGGCAUUUAAACUGUGGCUGUUCAAUUAUCAAUAACAAUCACCAAAGGUCUUCAACUUUUAGCAACAGCCACUCUUGUGUAAAUCAGUUAAAAGCAAGAGGCUUUAAAUUAUGCCAGGAGGUGUCAGACAUGGAUGCCCGAAUCAGUUCACCAUCCAAUAACUUCAGUCAUACGAAUACUGCCAAAUUUACAUCUCAAGAUAUAUUUUCUACUGUGUCUAAUAGUGAACAGACUGGUUCUGAUAAUUCUCCUAAAAUAAUUAUCGAAAACAAUUCGUUUGAAGGCCUUCCACCGAAUGAAGAUACUCAAAAGUACAGUUCUUUUAUACAGAAGCUUAUGACCAAUGCCAAAAUAAUGUUAGGCACGAGAUGUUCUACAUUGCAUCCUUCAACUUGUAGCGAACAACCAACGAAAGAGACUGAUAAUUGUCAAGAUGAUUCUAAAGCAACCAUUCAUAGUAACUAUCAAUUAGGAUAUGUUAGAGAUUAUACAAGAUAUACUCCAAGCGACUACUGUCUUUGUGAUGAAGAUGACCAUGAAAAUGUCAGUAAACUAGAAUCAACAUGGACCACAGCUGAUUCGCUGCCUAAAGGACAAUCACUGGCUAACUCAUCUAGGUCUAAACCGACAUCUUCUAUAAAUUAUAGCAUGCAAUGUCAAGCUUCUACAUCAGACAGACUGACAGUGGAUAGUACGCCGCCAACUACCAAUUUAAAAUAUUUUUAUUCUGAAAAUGAGUAUAAUUCUCUACACGAUGAUAUUUUUCCGAAAUUUAAAGAACCCGUUUACAAAAAAGGACAACGAAAAUAUUUAAAAGGUCAUAAAGUUUACAUCAAUAGUGAUGACCAUCAUUACGAAGGACCUAAAGUUUUUGCCGACCGGCCAAAUGUUUUUAUUGAAGAGCAAAAUCUUUAUUAUGAUGAUCAAAGUACAGAUAUAAAUGAUAAGACGAGGCGUGAUAGUACUGAAACUUGCGAAAAAUAUGAUUCGCCACGUUUAAAUGAGUAUAACCAUAAAACUACAAGAGAUGUGAAUAAAGGUGACACGCCUGAUAAAGAUACUAACGAUGUUUCCAAAAAAUCUGAAUCAAGUAGAAGAAUGUUUUCUUUAUUAGAUACAACUUGGCUAAACCCCUUUCGUCGUGAAGCUUCCAAAAAAUCGACUCCCACGCAGAAUCUAACAAAUAUUGAUGACGAAAAGAAAACAGAUAGUUUAAAUAAUAUACCUUGUAGAGAUGUUACUUGCUUUAGAGUUACUGAAAGUAAUCGAGCAAACUCAGCUGAACCAAUCAGAAUUAGAGGAGAAAGUCACUAUACUACAGAACAUAUAUCCAGAGGAAAUUUGGGUGUUGAUUCAAAUGCUAAUGAAAUAAGAAAAGUCAAGGCACACUCUUGUGACCUAUAUAGUGGCAGAAAUCAUAACAUUAUUAGCAAAAAUGAAUACGAAAAUAUCGAAAAAACCAGUACUCAGAAAAAGUGUGAUUAUAAUAUCAGAAAUAAUUUGGUAUCUACUGGUUGUAAUGUAGAUCCAUUAGUAGAUAAAAGUAUCAAGACCUCUUUAAGUAAUUGUGAUCCAAACUGUCGAGUUUGUAGGCAUGAUAAAGUUCACCCUAAUAAAGAUCCAAGAAAUAAAACUUCAUUCAUCGAUACUAGUGUGGGCUCUGCAGUAAUAAGAACUACUGAUAUGGGUGUAUCUGAGAUAGGUUAUGAAAGAGAUUAUGAAAGUAAUAUAUCCACUGAAACCUCACCACCAAGAUUUGUAGAAGAAUCACCAAACAGUAGUAAGCAUAAGUUGUUGGUAAAUUCAAAUAAGAAUGAUACUAAUAAAUCAGAUUGCCUACAGGUAAAUCCUUCUAACAGUCUAUCUUGUCCGAUGUCUUUUACAACUGUUAACCAGUGUAAUAUGUCAAGUUCUUUCGUAAGUGUAACAAAUAAGAAAACUAGAAAUAUUAAUAAGAAUAGAAUGGAAAAAAGAAAGAAAAGCAGCUUGGGAAAUGACUAUAAUCCAUCACCAAAAAGAGUGAGGUCCAACCACAAGCAGAAAGAUCAAGAUAAUCAAUGUGCUUUUAUCGGAUCACCAAUAUUAGUUUCAGAUGUUUUUAAAGAGAAUGAAGGCACCCCAAACAACAAUUAUUCACCUCAUGAAGAUGUAUACUUACCAAAUUGCCCUACAUGUAGAACUUAUCUACGAACAAAUUCAUUAUUGACUGGUGAACCACUUAGAAUUGGUAGUCCCAAUAGUUAUGGCGGCGAUAGGAAUAUAGAUAGCAAUAGUAGUAGAUUUAGAAAUAGACCAACAACCAGUUAUGAAAAUAGGUUAACACGUUCAUCUAUUGAAAAGGCAAGGUAUAUGGAAGAAAGACUUUCAAAUGUUCAAGAUCAUUAUCCGUGGUCGCCGGUAAAAGUAAUUAUAAAUCCAGAAUUGGAAAGGAUAACCAGUGAGUUAAAAACUGAAAAUAAAGUCUUAAAAAGUGAAUUACUAGAAAUGAAAUUAGAGCUUAAGCAUGCCUUAGAAAAAGUUGAAGGUCCAAUGAGAAGCAAAUUGGAAGCCGAGAAGUUUAGGUGUGAGCAACUUCAACAAGAAUUACAUAGAGCAUCCCAUGCUAUGGAACUUUCGAAAGAUACAUUUAUAAAAGAAAGUCAAAAACUAAAAGCCCAACUAUUUGAAGCUACUACUAAUAUGGCUCAAUUGGAAGCUAUAAAUCAGAGGUUAAGAAAUGAGAUGGAGGUAUUAGAUGGAUUGUGUGCCAAACUAGAGGAAGAUUUAGUAAAUCAGAAGGUAAACGAAGCAGAAACAUUAAAACGAAUAACACAAAGAAAAUUAGCUAGUAAGAAAGACGUUUACAGCGAAGAAGAAAUUAGUGCAGAACAACUGGAGGCAACUUAUGAUUAUUUAAAAGAUACAGAUUGCGUCGUUUCAGAAUUAGUAACUGAAAAUACGCUACAUGAAUCAAAUUUAAACGUUCUAGCUAGAAAAUUAAGUAAAACGAUAAAAGAUUCUGAUCCACGUGAAAAUUGUUUGAAUAUCCCGACAGAGCUUACCGAUGCAGUAAAGAUGAUAAAAGACUUAACAGAUAUGGUAGAGAAAAGAAAAGGAGAGAGAAUUUCAGUUAAUACGUUUUCCGUUAGUAAAAAUAGCUGUUCCUGUCAAUCACCACCGAGUGUGGCGGUAGCUGCGUGCCAGUACAUAGGAUUAAAUGAUAUUGGUAUUGUAGUAUCAAAAUCAUUGUUUCCUAGUGUACCUCCAAAUGUAAAUAACGAAAAGAUCGCAAUAUCAACAAAAACACUAUUUGGUGUUCCUCAGAAUUUUGUGGUCGAAAAUAUAAGUAGUAAAAAUAUUGUGGAGAAUACUGAAUUACCUUUAAAACCUGCGGCUUCCUUUGCACAUCAAGAUUUUCCCUUUGCUGGUGACUCACCGUGCUUCAAAGACCAAUGUACUGAUCCCAAAUCUGCAGACAAAAAAAUAAGUUAUAACCCACCUAUAUACCCUUUGACAAAACCGCUUAUGGUUGACAAGGAAAGCAAUUAUGAAACCAGAAAAUGUGCUUUUGGUGAUUAUAUUAAAGAUCCCAAAGAUAAUGUCGUAGCUUGCUAUAUAGUCAAUACUCCAAUUUGUCCUUUCCCACCCACUCAAGAUAAAGGUUCUCCGCCAACUAUGAAAGAUCAAUCGACAUUUUGCUGUAAUGAUAAAUGUGCAGACCUUGAAGAAGCGCCCUGUAAAGGUUUAGGAGUUCCAUGCGAUGAAGUUGAAGCUAAUGAAGAUGUUAAUAAUAAAUGUGAAGACUCUGAAGAAGCACCUUGCAAAUCUUUAGGGAUUCCAUGUUGCCAAGUUAAAGCUGACGAAGAAGAUGUUAUUCUAGACACAAAACAAGAUUUACCUUUAGAAGAAAAAAUUGAUGUUGAUGUUAAUCCAGAUAUUAUUGUUGAUUUGAAGACUUGUGACGAUACCAAAUAUGCACCUUGCAAAGAUAAGGGAAUACCAUGUGUAAAAAAAGAAGAAAAUAUUCCCAGUUCAAUAGGUAAUGCUCCGGUAACUACUUCUGUAGUAAACAAAAAUUUAACUGCAAAUAGCGAAUCACCGUGUGCACGUUUCGGCUAUCCUUGUAGCAAAAAUAAGAAUGACACUUCAGGGUACUUACAGGAAGAUACAAAUAUAAUUCAAGAGGAUGGUAAGAUGGAUGCAUCGACAGAGGAUACUGUUAUUAAGAUCGAUAAAGAUAUUGGAAGUGGAAUUAUAUGCCCAAUAACAGCUGCAUUUGAGGAUGUAGGAGAGCAAAAGAAAAUUGUACCUUGUGAAGAGGAUGCCGCGUGCGCCUUGAUUGAUAGACCUUGUACAAAACUUGCAGACAAAAUCGAAACCGAAAAUUUUGCUGCUAAAACAGAUACAGACAAAGGAAGAGACACAGAAAUUGCAAAAUUGAUGGACCAACAAGAUAUACCGAGAGAGGAACAAGUUAAAGGUGGUUUUUUGAGUUUGGAAGUUGAGGUAACCAAGGAGGCCACUUCAGAAGUUGAGAAAUAUAAUUUCGAAUUUGAAAAACCAAAAACAGCUCUUAUUACCACAGUAAUUCAAGACGGAAUUCUUGGAGUUAAAACGGAAGGGCCAACGGGAACCAUAAAAAGUACUUUAAAGUAUCUACCAGGUGGCAUUGUUGAAGUCCAAACAGAAAUUACCGAAGCAACGGGUAAGCCAGAUGAGGCGAGACCUUUUCUACCAACAACAAAAAGAGAACAUUCGGUGCCAAAGCAGGAGACAGUUGCCAUGCCAAAAUCUUCUCUUAUGAAAGGCGAAUUUGAUAUAGAAAUCUGUAAUGACAUUACAUGCCAAAACAAAGCUGUUACUACUGGACCUGAUUUUGAAGAAAUCGUGAUUUGUCCUAAAUCUGGAAAACCGUGCAAAAAUCCAAUUACAAAAAGACCCUGUACAUCUGAAGAUCAAUUUAAGCCUGCAGGAACACAAGACCCCCAACUACGUGAAGCUGGAGUUGCUACAGACCCCAAAGCUAAAAGACAACAAGAAGUUGAAACUGUACCUCAAACAACCACUACCAGCGCUUCCAAACAAGUUUCUAUAUUUGACAAGACUACGUCACAUACCACGCCGACAAAGGAUGCAGUGAUUAAAACGCUUGAAAUUGAAACUAAAGAAACUCCUACCAGUUUAGAAGAUAUAACAGUAUCAAGUCCUCAACAAACUCAUGAAAUAGCAGUAAGUGGAAAAUCGGUUGGCGAUGACGACACCAGAGCUACAAUUGCCAGUUCCACUCUUCCUAUAGAAAUGACAUCCAAAGGUGAAUACACUUCAGACCUUCGAACUGAUAAACAAAUAGCGACUAGUAGUGUGGUUGAAGGAGUUACCGAACAAGAGACCUUUACUUACGAUUAUAUAAAAGAGGUAAAAUAGUACGAUUUGAA